AUGGAUUCGAAAUUGAACAUAAAGGACGAGAUGGACAAAAAGAUCAUCAUCGAUUUACCGCCGUUCCAGCCUUCGCCACCGAGAACUCCGACCGAUCCUAGAGAUGACAGUCCCGAGCCGGCUACGCGACAUAGUCCAAGCCCUACGACGCCCAUCAGCGAGCCCAACAUUCGCAGGUACAGGACCGCAUUCACGCGGGAACAGCUUGGCAGGCUCGAGGAGGAGUUCCAAAAGGAGAACUACGUUACCCGGCCUAAGAGGUGCGAGCUCGCCAAGGAACUCAAGCUGGCCGAGGCCACGAUCAAGGUGUGGUUCCAAAACCGCAGAAUGAAGGAUAAACGCCAGCGUCUGUCGAUUUGGCCAUACCCUCUGUACGCGGACCCGCAGCUGACAAGUGCGCUUUUGGCGGCCUCGAUGACCAUACCCGGUUAUUCGCCAAUCACACCACCAGGUCCAAGCCACUACGGGCCCACUUAUGCUACGGCUGCCUACUACGCAGCGCGAUUCUCACCUUACGGUGCCACCCCCUUGUCGCACCACCACCAUAGACCACACGCCCACCACGGCUACGCGGCUGCCCAUCCACACCUACUUACAGCCCCAGGCCCGCACCACCCGACGGUUGCUUCCCUACCGCCCCUACACCUCUCAGGGCUUGGCACGAUGCAGCCCGCACAGCAACAGCAAGCGUCUUACGUCGGGCCUACAGUCAGCAGCGCCUCGCAAAUCUACACAAACAACGUGCUGCCCUCGUCUCAGAUGAGCCCCCAGUCGGACGCCUCCACUUCCAGUGACUGCGACUACAAUGGAAACAUCACCGUGAGCAGCGCCACCUCCUGCGCCACCACCACAACUUCGCCUAGCAACAACAACAACAAUAUCGACAAGAGGCUCGUGGCACCCGUACCUUGCAAGCCCUCCGUUCCCGCUGCGUUGCACUUUUCUCCGGACAAGAUGCCCAUCAGUCAGGCCGUGGCAGCUUUCUACAGCAACAUUAUGAUGCCCGAGAACAACAACAACAACAACAACAGCAGCAGCAGCAGGUAUUACCACCACAUCCCGGCCAGCUACAGGACUCCGAGCAUCAGUCCGACGAGCGACAUCAAGAUCAAGUCGUCGCCCAAGCUCUUCCAGCCGUACAAAAACGACGACGUUCUCACGGCCGCGGAAUAA